AUCUGUGUAGUGUGUUGUCCACGGUCGGCGAUCAUUCGCGGCGUGUUAUAACUAUAACCUGAAACGUGAACGUGAAACAUAAACACGAGAUUUAAUGAAAAUAUUAGUAAACACGCGCUGAAUAAUCGUUUUUUUUCUUUUUGUAAUUCCUACAGUUCUGAAAUAGUAAAAUUUCCGAAAAUGUUGUUAAGAUGCGUGAGUCCGAUGUUUACUUACGGAAAAUUUGUACAGAACAAUCUACCGGUAUUGGUUGCUGCUAUUAAUUCCCCCAACUUUACACAAGUAGCGCAAAUAGCUAAGCACUGGAAUCCAAAAUGGAAGAAGGAAAGGAGACAAAAAGUUAUUAAAAUAAAACUUCCUUCGUUUGAAGAAAAGGAUGACGAUCCUACUAAACUGGAUAAGGAGGAAAUACGAUCUCGUAUGAAGGAACAUGGUUUCUUGCCGCAGAAACCUUGGAACGAAAGACCAGCUUAUAUUAGUUCUACUUCAACAAUUUUCGAGUCCUACGUUGCUCCAGAAGGAGAUGGAAAGUAUUCUGCCAUUACCAAAGAGGGAGCAAAGCAAAAGUUUACAUUUUUGGAGAAAAAGAGCAAAUCUUUAAUGGCCGUCAGAAAAAUUAAAUCGUUUGAUGACUCAUUCAGUACAGCAUAUUUUUUAGAAGAGGCCUUGGAUAUCUAUCAAAAGGCACAUGAAGCUUUAGCCGCCAAAAAUGAAGAUGAGAUAAUAAAAUAUGUUACAGAAAUGGCAUAUCCUAAAAUAACACACAAUAUGACGGACAAAACUAUACACUGGAAGUUUUUAGAGUCUUUGGAACCGGCCCGUCUCGUGCACGCAAGAACUACAAGUGUACUAACAAAAGACAACAUUUUUGCACAACUUACUGUCCGAUUCCACACGCAACAGGUUUUAGCAAUUUACGAUAGAUUUGGCCGUCUCAUACAAGGGAGCGAAAUUCUGAGGAAAGACGUAUUAGAAUACAUAGUAUUUGAAAAGCAUUUAGCUAAUGAGUACGGCGUAUGGCGAAUUCAUGGUAAGAUUAUACCAUCCUGGAUGGCUCCGACGGACAUAGCGGAAGGCACAUAUGUUCUACCAAAAGAAAAACACGAUCCCGUGCCAACUGAACCGCAUCCCGUAGAAGCUACAUUAACAGAAGAUACGCCAAAGGAUGUGACAAGUGCACAAUCUUCAUGAAUUUGCAAUACACCAUUCCAAAGGUGUAAAAGAUAUGAUCGCUAAUGGUCGAGCGUCUGCAAUUAUUUCCGAUCCGUGCGAGAAUAGUUUGUGACCAAAAACUGCAUACGCUCAAUAAUAGACACAUAACCAAUAUAAAGCACCAUAUUUUCCAGGAAAAUACUUUUGCCAUCCAUGUGCUGUCAUGUGUUACUUCAUUUUGAAUAUAUAAUCGCUGGCUGUAAAAUUAUUAUAAGAUUAUUAUAACAACCU